GAAAGGCUCGCUCAUCCACAGCAGACGCCGGUCGCCAUUUUAAGGACUUGCGAAAAAAGCCGUGAAAAAGCGGCUCCUACGCAGCAAACGUCGAAGAUUUUCGUUUUUUUGAUUAAUAUAGUCGCCUAGAUUUACGAAUCAAUGUCUCGAUUCAACAAUAACCGCGGCGGAUUCGGGAUGAACAGCUUCCAGCCGCGCAGAGGCGGCGGGCCCAUCGGCCCCAUGCGCGGCGGCUUGAUGAUGGGGAACCAGUUCCGGAGCCAUCCCUUCCAGAACCAGAACCAGAACCGGAGGGGAGGGCAUAAUAACCACAAUAACAUCAACAAGGGACCGCAAAACACCCCGCAGAAGCAGAUCCAGCCGACCCCGGCCGUGCCCGCGCCGACGCCCGGCCCGGCCCUCACCAUGAAGGGGCCGGUGCAGGAGCAGCCCAAGCCGGCCCAGGACCAGGCGAAACCGACCCCCCCCGCGGCCGUGGCCAAGACCCAGACCCCCCCUCCCAAACCCAGCCCGACCCCCCCUCAGCCCACCCAGCAGAACCAGAACCAGCAGGUUAAACCACCGGUGGGGAAUGGAAAAGAGAGUCCGAAACCAGCUCCAGCUCCACAGCAGGGGCAGAAACCAGGACCAGGACCCCCCCAGCAGAGUCCAAGAUCAGGACCCGGACCCCAGCAGAGUCCCAGACCAGGACCCCCUCAGCAGAGUCCGAAACCUGCCCCCCAGCAGACCCAGAACCAGAAACCUGGACCCCAACAGGGGCAGAAACCUCCCCCCCAGCAGAGCCCAAAACCAGCUCCAAGUCCACAACAGGGGCAGAGACCUGGACCCCCCCAACAGAGCCCCAGACCUGGACCCCCUCAACAAAGUCCAAGACCAGGACCCCCCCAGCAAAGUCCCAGACCUGGACCCCCUCAACAGAAUCCCAGACCAGGCCCCCCCCAGCAGAGCCCCAAGCCAGGCCCCCACCAGGGCCAAAGACCAGGCCCCCAGCAGCAGCAGAACCAGAACCAGAGGCCCGGGUUCCACCAGGGGCCCAGACCCGGCCCCCAGCCCGGACCCAGAGCAGCCCCGCCGCCGGCCCAGAAGAUGGAGCCACGUGGUGCCAAAGAAACCCCCAGUUUCAGCGGCGCAGCCGACCCAGAGGGGAGCCAGGAGAAGGCAUUCAAGGCAAGCCUGUCCAUGCUACUGAAGCCCGGUGAGAAGACGUACACACAAAGAUGCCGUCUCUUUGUUGGCAAUCUGCCAAAUGACAUCAACGAGGACGACUUCAGGAGGAUGUUUUCAAAAUAUGGAGAGCCCUCCGAGGUUUUCAUCAACAAGGGCAAAGGAUUUGGUUUCAUCCGACUGGAAUCUCGAGCGCUGGCCGAAAUAGCCAAAGCAGAGUUGGACGACACUCCGAUGAGGAACAGACCCCUGCGCGUUAGAUUUGCAACACAUUCUGCAGCCCUUUCUGUGAAGAACCUGUCUCCAUUUGUUUCCAAUGAGCUCCUAGAAGAAGCUUUCUCUCAGUUUGGAAUGGUUGAAAGGGCCAUUGUUGUUGUGGAUGAUCGUGGACGCUCCUCGAGCAGGGGCAUUGUGGAGUUUGCCUCCAGGGCAGCAGCCAGAAAGGCCCUGGAUCGGUGCAAUGAGGGCGUCUUCCUCCUCACUGUGUCACCCCGUCCUGUUGUCGUCGAGCCCCUCGACCAGUAUGACUCUGAGGAUGGUCUCCCAGAGAAAUUGGCACAGAAGAACCCCAGAUAUCAAGCUGAGCGUGAUCAACCACCUCGCUUUGCUCGUCCUGGCACGUUUGAAUUUGAGUAUUCUAAACGCUGGAAAUCCCUUGAUGAGAUGGAGAAGCAGCAGAGGCAGCAGGUGGAGAAGAACAUGCGCGAGGCCCGCGAAAAGCUCGAGAGCGAGAUGGAGGAUGCUUAUCAUGAGCACCAGGCUAAUAUGCUCCGGCAGGAACUACUGAGACGACAGGAGGAACUGAGGCGCAUGGAAGAAAUACACAGCCAAGAGAUGCAAAAGAGGAAGGAAAUGCAGCUCAGACAAGAAGAAGAGCGGCGCAGACGCGAAGAGGAGCUGCUUCGUAAGAGGGAGAUGGAGGAACAGAUACGUCGCCAGCGCGAGGAGAACUACAGGAUGGGCAACUUCAUGGAUAGGGACAUGGAAAUGAGAAUGCAUACCAGUGCAGCUUUGGGAGUGAAUGAAAUGGCCUUCGGUGGGUCCGGCCAGAAGUUCCCAAUGAAUGCUCUCGGCUUUGAAGGUCAACAGGGAAUGGGAUCAUCUUCCGCAGGCUUGAUGGCCAACGAAAUGCGCAAUGAGCGCUUUGGCCAGGGUGGUCAAAGGGGAAUGGUCCCUGGUGCCGCUGGUUACGGCAGGGUCCGUGAAGAGUUUGAUGGCCCGGUUAAGAAAGCCCGUUUUUAAACGCUGCUCUGGGGGGGAUUCCAGCAGCCUUUGUAUAGAUACUUCAAGACAAACAUGCUGAGUCGUAUUUCUUGUAUUUAAGUUUAAAAUGUUGCAACAUUUUUAGUCAGGCAAUUUACUCAUUUUAUUUUUAUUAAGUAAUUUCUUCUUUCUUUUUUAAAUUUUGUAUUGUCAGUAGUGUGGUAAUAGACAUCACUCUGGUGUAAUCCAGUUCUUCUUUCUGACAAUGUAUCAUUUUCGUUUCUAGUUGUAUUCUGCCUUUUGUGAGUCGUCGUGAAGUGAUUACUGUAACUUUUCUGAACCUAUUAUGGCUGUGUUUUGUGCCAUACAUUUGGAGUUAAAGCAUGUAUUAUAAUAAAGACACAUUGGUUCCAUCAGGACAGACCGUUUUAACAUUUAUUCCGUUGAAUUAAAAAAAAAAAACAAAUCAACUAAAUCCUUACAAAGGGUUUGCAUAAAUGAAAUAACACGAAUAAGUCUGCUAUAACAAGUAUUUCUUUGUGUUAUCUCUGCAUCAGUUCUGGCCUCCAUAGUUAAGCUAACUGAAUCACAUAAAGUGAAAUCACAAUUCGCGGGUCACUUGAAACAAACGUCAGUUAACCCUUAAUCUAUUCAUCUUUUUUUU